AGAGAGAGAGAGAGAGAACAAGAGAGGGAGGCAUUACAAGACAAUCUGUCAGUGAAGCAGGAAGUACAGAUCGAGAGGAGACCAAUGGGGGAAGGACCUACUACUUAAUUAAACGGCAGCUGCAGAGAGAACAGAAGGAUGUGAAAGGCUGAGCGGAGAGACACAGAACGGGAGAAUAAAGGAAUGACUGAGCAAAAAAUGGAGAGAGUUGGAAUCAACACUUGUGGAUGACGUGGAAAAGCAAUGACAAGGAUGGUCGGACCCGCUCUGCGCACCUGACUGUGAGGGAGAACUCUUGAGUACUUUGUUAUGGCAGAGUUGUGGACAGGGAUGGCCUGAUGCGGACUUGAUAAGACUUGCAAAGUUGAGAAGACGAGAGAAAACACAGGGAAUGGAUGUCAUCGGCGGAGGGUAAUAUUUAAUAGGCUUCUGGCAAAUGACUACUUGGAUGGCCAUUAAUCACUUAAGUGGAAUACCACAUGAUGCAAACCAACACCACCACUCCCAAGUUGCACAUAUAAGGGAACAUUAAAAGAUGAACUACUCCGAUUCAUGGUUGUUGAUGGAGGGCGGGGAGGGGAGGGGGAAAGAAAGCAAAAGCUGCAGCUUGCUGAAAUGUGUAUUGAUUUCAGUAAUUGAGAAUCUCAGAUCACAUCAAUAGUAAAUGAAGGGAAGAAGAGGCCAAUUGUCAUAACGGGAGUAAAGUAGAGAUGAGCGACAGUCUGACUCCAGCAGCAGCACAUCUGAAUUUCCAGCCAACACUUUCCAACAACUAAAACAUCAGGGAUUACUAUACCACAGGACAAAACCAUUUCCCAACAUCUGAAAAUUGCACAAAGUAUCAUCUUUCUUGAUAACACAUGGGUAAGUACAAGAGAGUGCUUUUGCUCGUGUUGCCAUUGUGUAUAUCGUAUAUCAUAGUCGUGAAACAUCCUUAAUGCAUUUUUAAACCUGCUUAUUCCUCAACACAAAAAUGUAAUAUUUCCGAAAACCAAGUAUGACCCCUAAUUGACUAUUAAGCUCUAAUGAUUCCCCUUUCUUUUCCUUUCCACCACAGCUAUGUCAGGAGGGCUUCUUAGUACACAGCUCAAUCUUUUCAGACAAUGGCUUCUCAUCCUUAAGACCCAUCAGGACAUGCUGAAAUCCUGUCUAUUAUUUCCUUCUUCUGGCUAUUCCAGCUAAUUAACAUUGCCACCAUUAUACCACCAUCACCAUGUUGUUGAGGAGCUGGAGUGAGGUCAUGUUAAUCAUGUCGCUAGGCUCCUUUUGUUUGCCACUACUGGCUGCAUGCAGCUGUCCUUCGCAGUGCGUCUGCGCUUCGGACAUCCUCAGCUGCAGUGGCCUCGGCCUGGAAGAACUGCCCUCUACGUUGCCCACGACCGCCACCGUACUAGACUUCAAUCACAACCAGCUUUCUCGGCUCGAGGAAGGAGACUUUGCGGACCUGCCUCGGCUGGAUUCGCUACAUUUGGCCCACAACCACCUGAGCAGGCUGCCCCGGGGAGCCUUUCAGAACGGCAGCCGACUACGCCACCUGGACCUGUCCUCGAACCUGCUGCACAGCGUUGAGCCGCACUACUUCCAGGAGCUGCUGGGAUUGGAGGAGCUGCUUCUCUUCAACAACCGCAUCACGCAGGUGGAGAGCAGAGCGUUGGCGGGGCUCAGUAACCUGCGCAAGGUCUACCUGAGCCACAACCUACUCACAGACUUCCCAUUCUUCUCGAUACAGGAGCAGAGUCAUCCUCUCUUGAGCAUGCUGGACCUGUCUUCCAACCGUAUGCCUAAGCUGCCGAUCGAGGACAUCUGGAACUUGCCAGACACGGUACAGAGCGGCCUGUUUUUGCACAACAACACGCUGAUCUGCGACUGCACAAUGUACGGUCUGUUUGUGCGGUGGGAGCAACGAGGGUUACCCCCGGUGCACCACGAGUAUGCUACGCAACACACUUGCCUGUUGUAUGGAGAACGGAAAGCCAUGGUGCGGUUCUUCCAGCACAGACGGAUCUUUGAAAACUGCACCCUGCACUGGCAGCAGAGGCUCCUGGGACAGAGAGACAACAGUCUGCUGGUGAACGUCGGUGAGUCAAUCACAAUUGAAUGCCAGACUUCGCUGCGAGGCGAGCACAUUAGAUACACCUGGGUUUUUAAAGGGGAGCCUAUAUUCCCGCCAGGCAAUAACGCUUCACUACGCAUGCAUUCUAACGGGAGUCUGGAACUUGUGUCAGUGCAACAAAGAGAUUCCGGAAUCUACGUGUGUAUGGCACUGGACCGCCUGCGCAACGAGACAGUAGAGGUAAAUGUGACGGUGGUAGACAAACAUGACGAUGAUGAGCACUUCAACACAGGCUGGACCACCCUGCUGGGAUGCGUGUUGACUCUUGUGCUGGUGCUUACCUACCUGUACAUGCCUCCCUGUCACUGCCCUUGCCGCAAGCAGCCCCCCCCUGUAAACCCAGCCAACGAAUCCGGUACGCAACCGUCGAUCCUGUCACCCAUGACACCCGGGGGGGCCAAUACAGAGGAACCCGCCCGUAAGGGCAGCAGUAACAAACACGUGGUGUUCAUGGAGCCCGUCAAAGAAGUGCAGAACGGACGGCUGCACACAAAACCUCAGAUGCUGCAUUACGAUAAUGAAGCCAUUUAUCUGGACGCCCUUAUUAUGCAAUAAUGGCUUAUUCUUUUGAAACUUGGUUGUUGGUAGAGUAGACUCGAGUUCGUUCUCCUGACAUCCGUUAUACUAAAUGCGUUCUAUUGCAACAGUUGGGGCACAAUUAGAAUGUCCGAAAACACUAGUGUUUAACAAACUCGGAGUACACCAAACUGCUGUAAUCGGAACCC